AUGGAGACAGAGACCACCUCUACAAAUUCCACCAUGCAAGAGACGACAACUACAACCUCUACUGCACCAGAAGUCCUCACUACAAUUCCCAUCACAACAGUGGACACAACUACAACUCCCACACCUAUAGAAACCACUAAUAUUUCCACAAGGCCUGACACAGUAGUUACAGCAACAACUUCCAUGACAGCAAAGGACACCACUACAUCCUCGACCGCACCAGAGACCACAGCUACAGCCACUACUACACCAGUAGCCAAAACUUCAAUUUUCACCACAGAUGUGGACACAACUGCAACCUCCCCGCCAAUAGAAACCACUAACGUUUCCACAACUCCUACCACUACAAUUCAAAUAUCCACCACUCUUAAAGGUACCACUACAACCCCCAUGACAACAGAAGGCACUACUACAAACCCCAUCACACCAGAAUCCACAACUACAACAUCCACUACACUGGUAGCCACCACUGAAACAUCCAACACUCCUGUGGGCUCAACCACAACUGCCACACCAACAGAGCCCAUUAUAACUUCCACCACUGAAACCUCCACUACACCACUAGUCACAUCUAGUACAACAGAGGACACCACUACGUCUUCGAGCAUUACAGAAACUACAGUUACUACUUCGCCUAUAUCGCUAAGCACAUCUUCAAUCCCCAUGGUGACAGAGACCACCACUACAACUUCCACCAUGCAAGAGACUGGAACUACAACUUCUUCUACAGAAGAAGGGACCAUAACAAUUUUUUCCACUCCAAUGGACACAACUACAACCUCCACACCAAGAGAUACAACCAUUUUCACCAUUCCUGUGGGCUCAACCACAACCUCUGUGCCAAUAGACACAACCCUAAUUUCCACCACCCAAACCUCCAGCAUUCCAGUAGUUACAACAACCACCUCCAUGACAACAAAGGACACCACUACAUCCUCAACGUCACCAGAGACCGCACCUACAACUUCUACUACACCAUUAGACACCACUGAAACAUCCAGCAGUCCUGUGGGCUCAACCACAAGGUCCACACCAAUGGAGACGAGUAUAACUUCCACCACUGAAAGCUCCACCACACCAUUAGUCACAAAGGCGAUUUCCAUUUCAACAGAAGAAACCACUACAAUUCCCACCACAACAGUGGACACAACUACAACCCCCACACCUAUAGAAACCACUAAUAUUGCCACAAGGCCUGACACAGUAGUUACAGCAACAACUUCCAUGAGAACAAAGGACACCACUACAUCCUUGACCACACUAGAGACCACAGCUACAACCACUACUACACCAGUAGCCACAACUUCAAUUUUCACCACAGAUGUGGACACAACUGCAACCUCCACACCAAUAGAAACAACUAAUGUUUCCACAAAUCCUACCACUACAACCCCCAUGACAACAGAGGGCACCACUUCAAACCCCACCACACCAGAAUCCACAACUACAACAUCCACUACACCGGUAGCCACCACUGAAGCAUCCAACACUCCUGUGGGCUCAACCACAACUUCCACACCAACAGAGCCCAUUAUAACUUCCACCAGUGAAACCUCCACCACACCACUAGUCACAUCUAGUACAACAGAGGACACCACUAUGUCUUCAAGCGUUACAGAAACCUCAGUUACUAUUUCUUCUAUACCGCUAACCACGUCUUCAAUCCCCAUGGAGACAGAGACCACCUCUACAACUUCCACCAUGCAAGAGACGACAACUACAACCUCUACUGCACCAGAAGUCCUCACUACAAUUCCCAUCACAACAGUGGACACAACUACAACUCCCACACCUAUAGAAACCACUAAUAUUUCCACAAGGCCUGACACAGUAGUUACAGCAACAACUUCCAUGACAGCAAAGGACACCACUACAUCCUCGACCGCACCAGAGACCACAGCUACAGCCACUACUACACCAGUAGCCAAAACUUCAAUUUUCACCACAGAUGUGGACACAACUGCAACCUCCCCGCCAAUAGAAACCACUAACGUUUCCACAACUCCUACCACUACAAUUCAAAUAUCCACCACUCUUAAAGGUACCACUACAACCCCCAUGACAACAGAAGGCACUACUACAAACCCCAUCACACCAGAAUCCACAACUACAACAUCCACUACACUGGUAGCCACCACUGAAACAUCCAACACUCCUGUGGGCUCAACCACAACUGCCACACCAACAGAACCCAUUAUAACUUCCACCACUGAAACCUCCACUACACCACUAGUCACAUCUAGUACAACAGAGGACACCACUACGUCUUCGAGCAUUACAGAAACUACAGUUACUACUUCGCCUAUAUCGCUAAGCACAUCUUCAAUCCCCAUGGUGACAGAGACCACCACUACAACUUCCACCAUGCAAGAGACUGGAACUACAACUUCUUCUACAGAAGAAGGGACCAUAACAAUUUUUUCCACUCCAAUGGACACAACUACAACCUCCACACCAAGAGAUACAACCAUUUUCACCAUUCCUGUGGGCUCAACCACAACCUCUGUGCCAAUAGACACAACCCUAAUUUCCACCACCCAAACCUCCAGCAUUCCAGUAGUUACAACAACCACCUCCAUGACAACAAAGGACACCACUACAUCCUCAACGUCACCAGAGACCGCACCUACAACUUCUACUACACCAUUAGACACCACUGAAACAUCCAGCAGUCCUGUGGGCUCAACCACAAGGUCCACACCAAUGGAGACGAGUAUAACUUCCACCACUGAAAGCUCCACCACACCAUUAGUCACAAAGGCGAUUUCCAUUUCAACAGAAGAAACCACUACAAUUCCCACCACAACAGUGGACACAACUACAACCCCCACACCUAUAGAAACCACUAAUAUUGCCACAAGGCCUGACGCAGUAGUUACAGCAACAACUUCCAUGAGAACAAAGGACACCACUACAUCCUUGACCACACUAGAGACCACAGCUACAACCACUACUACACCAGUAGCCACAACUUCAAUUUUCACCACAGAUGUGGACACAACUGCAACCUCCACACCAAUAGAAACAACUAAUGUUUCCACAAAUCCUACCACUACAACCCCCAUGACAACAGAGGGCACCACUUCAAACCCCACCACACCAGAAUCCACAACUACAACAUCCACUACACCGGUAGCCACCACUGAAGCAUCCAACACUCCUGUGGGCUCAACCACAACUUCCACACCAACAGAGCCCAUUAUAACUUCCACCAGUGAAACCUCCACCACACCACUAGUCACAUCUAGUACAACAGAGGACACCACUAUGUCUUCAAGCGUUACAGAAACCUCAGUUACUAUUUCUUCUAUACCGCUAACCACGUCUUCAAUCCCCAUGGAGACAGAGACCACCUCUACAACUUCCACCAUGCAAGAGACGACAACUACAACCUCUACUGCACCAGAAGUCCUCACUACAAUUCCCAUCACAACAGUGGACACAACUACAACUCCCACACCUAUAGAAACCACUAAUAUUUCCACAAGGCCUGACACAAUGUGGACACAACUGCAACCUCCCCGCCAAUAG